AUGUCUAUUUUUGAUAAUACGUGUGAUUUUGAAUUAUCGUUGACUGAUAUCCAAGCAAUUGACGAACUAGAAAAACGAUUUACUCAAAGAGAUUCCCCGCUGUUAGAUAUUCCAUAUUCUAGUGAAUUAUGUGACGACACGGAAGAUAUUUUGCCUAGGAAUAGAAACAGGAAGAGGUGUUAUGUAAUUGACAGUGAUGAUGAAGAUGAGUAUACUGGACAGCAGGUUAGCAGUGUUAACACAAGGAUUGAUAAAGAUUUUUGGCGUGAACCAACGGGUAAGCAAAGAAAAGUUAUUCCUUUUACAGAGUGCCCUGGUUUGAAACCUUAUAGCUUGAGGAGUUUAAUGGUACAUUCCAAGCCAGAGGAUUUCUAUGCUUUACUAGUACCGGACAGCAUGUUUCAUAAUAUUGCUAUAGAGACUAACCGCUAUGCCGCUCAGACAAUUACUAACCUUAGUUCAAAAAAACAAAUAAAACCAGGAUCGCGAUUGCAUAGUUGGACCGACACAAACCAAGACGAGAUGAAGAGAUUUUUUGGUUUAAUUUUAUUCAUGGGUAUUGUCAGAUUGCCAAAGCUAGCUGAUUAUUGGUCAAUAGAUCAAAUGAUUUGCCAAACUUUCCCGCGAAAAAUUAUGCCGCGGAACAGGUUUGAAAUUUUGUUACGAAUGGUGCAUUUUUGUAACAACAAUAACCAAAGAUGUGGUGAUCGUCUGUUCAAAAUACGAGACUUGAUUGAUACUUUGAAUCUCAACUUUAAAGCGCACUAUUAUCCCCAAGAAAAUCUCUGUAUUGAUGAGUCUUUGGUACCAUUUCGAGGACGUAUUAUGUUCCGUCAAUAUAUCAAAUUGAAGAGGCACAAAUAUGGAAUUAAAGUUUUUAAAUUGUGUACUAACUCGGGCUACACAAACAAAAUUCAAAUAUACGCGGGCAAGAGAUGCGAAACCGAAAAUACAACCCCAACUAAUGUUGUAAUGUCACUUAUGGAAGGAUAUCUCCAAAAAGGGCAUACGUUAUAUACCGAUAAUUGGUAUACUAGCGUUAAUUUAGGACGCAAACUGUUAGAGAAUGAAACUCAUCGUGUGGGCACAUUGCGUAAAAAUAGAAAAUACUUACCAAAAGUCGUUAUAAACGGAAAGAUAAGAAAAGGAGAGUUUAGAGCUAAAGAAAAUGAAGAUGGUAUUACAUGCAUGAAGUGGAAGGAUAAGAGGGAUGUUUAUUUACUAUCUACGAAACAUUCUAUUGGAUUUACUAGGACUUACAAAAGAGACAAAGAAAUAAUAAAACCAAAAAUUGUAAAGGAUUACAAUAGCGCGAAAUCAGCUGUAGACCUGUCUGAUCAAAUGAUAGCGUACUCAACACCAUUACGAAAAACUGUGAAAUCGUACAGAAAACUUGCUGUUGAAUUAUUGUUGAACACUGCUUUACUCAAUUCUUACAUAAUUUAUAAAGAAACUACGAAAUCUAAGAUAGGGAUUGUAGAUUAUAGGAAAAAGUUGUGUAAAUAUCUAACAGACUCCGGCAAAGAAAACUACAACCCCGAAACAUCGCUAGCUAUAAAUAAAAGACAAAAGCAUGAAUUGAAAAAGAAGGAAGGUCCAGUCAAAAAAUCGAGAAAGUACUGUUCAAGGUGUUAUAAAGUCAAUGUUAGAACACUAGGUAGAAAUUAUGCUAGAAAGAAGACUAAGCAAGUGAAUACAUAUUGCCCUCAAUGCCCGAAUGAGCUACAUUUUUGUCUAAAUUGUUUCAAUGAGGAACAUAAAAAGUUGUAA